GCAGAAAAUAGCAACACACCAGCAGCAGGACCAACAACUCCACACCCACCUACAAGACAAGCAAGACCAGUCGAUCAAAACAAUAACGAUAAACCCAACAAGCAAACCCAACAAAGAUUCACCACAUUAAAAAAAGUCAUCAAUCAAAUAAAUAAACACAUUCAAAGACUGCAAACUGCAGUCGCUGAAAAAAACAAUCAUAUCAACCAACUCAAAGCUCAAGUCAUAGCUAUACCACCUAAUAAAACUGGAACAGCCAACAACAGGAUCAAACUACCAAAACCCAUAACCUUCAACAGAACUAAAUCCAAAUUAAAGACAUUUUUGGUCAACAUAGAAAUAUAUAUCAAAGCCAACCAGAUCACCCAUAACAAAAAGAAAAUAAUCUUUGUAGCAUCAUGCUUUACCAAUGCAACAGCAGAAUAG